AUGACGGUGCCUCUCGCAUUGAUAAUCCUUGUUUCAACCAUUGUCCUGCGUGUACUGUACAAACGAUGGUCUAGGAUAUCUGUCGCCGACAUUCCUGGCCCAGAGUCGGUAUCAUUCUGGAUUGGUAACUUGCAACAAAUGCGCCAGCAGGAAGUCGGCACCAUGGACGCGAAAUGGGGGGAAGAAUAUAGGAAGAUUGCACGCGUGAAGGUGGCGCUGGGGAUGGAUGCACUGUGGGUCAGCAACCCGCAAGCACUGCACUACAUUCUGCACAAGUCGGGAUAUACCUUCGAGAAGACAGCAGAGCGCAAGGUGCUCAGCAAACUGCUUGGAGACGAUGGGCUUGAUGGAGCAAACCCGGAAACUCACAAGCGACAGAGGAAGCUAAUGGACCCUGCCUUCGGCGCACCUGUGAUCAAAGCUCUCUUCCCCACUUUUGUGCAGUAUGCGGAAAUAUUAUCCUUCAAAUGGUGCAAGCUCGUCGAAAGCUCACCAGGCCCUGCUUGCGCUAUAAAUGUCGCAAGCCACCUGAAUGUCGCUACCGUUGACACUGUUUGCGAAGCAUCAUUCGACUACUACACCGGAUGCCUGGAGGACGCCGAUAAUGAGCCUGCAAAGUCGUACAUGAACCUCAUGGCUGGUGUCGCUUCUCGACCGUCAGACGCGAGGCUAGUCUUCGACAACCUAGCUGAAUUUCUCACAGAGCCAGUGGUCACUUGGUUAUGCAGGGUCUUGCCAGGAGAGGCCUUCGCGAAACUGCGCCGGAACAAGCAAGAAGUGCACAAAGUCGCGGAAGAAAUCAUCGAGACUAAAGUGGGCAAGCGCGACGUCAUGAGCAUGUUUGCACAAGCAAGCACAUCUCCGGAACCGAGCACCCGUAUGAGCCGCUACGAGGUCAUCUCGCAGAUGCGCUCGAUCAUGUUCGCGGGCUCCGAGACGACGACGAGCACGAUGAGCUGCGCGCUGCUCGAGCUCGCGCGGCAUCCUGAGUACCAGGACCGUCUGCGCGCUGAAAUUCGCGUCGUGGAGAACAGCAUCCGCGCGCGAGGGGGCGGUGGGCUCAUCGCUGCGGACGCGGACGCGAUGCCCUACCUCCAGGCGUUUCUAAAAGAGGUCGUGCGUGUUCACCCGGCGGUGCCGUAUAUGUAUCGGCGGCCUGUGAGAGAUGAAGUGUUGCCUCUGUCCACGCCCAUCACUACGCGGUCGGGGAAGGUCAUCAGCGAGGUGCCUAUCCGUAAGACUCUGCGCCUGAUACUGUCCGUUCCUGGUUAUAACAUGGAUAAAGAUGUAUGGGGGGAAGAUGCACAUGAGUUCAACCCUGAGCGCUUCCUCAGGCCGACGGAGAAGAAUGGGCCCAACGUCGGAUUGUGGGCAAAUACAUUGACUUUGUCCGCCGGCGCUCGCAGCUGUAUUGGCUGGAAGUUUGCGCUGUACGAGAUGCAGGCGUUUCUCUUCGUUCUGGUUUCUCGGUUUCAGUUUGCGCUUACAGAGGACAUCUCUCGACUGAGGAGAGAAUAUGCAGGCUCGUUGGUGCCCAUGCUGGAGGGCGAAGUGGAAAAGGGGGCACAGCUACCGCUCGGCGUCUCUCUUGCAGAGCAACAGCAAGACUAGCGUGUAUGUGACUCGUCUUGUAAUUAUUGAUACUGUACCAUCAGGUUUCGCGAUUAAGGCUUG